AUGUCGGGUGGAGCUAUGGAUACGGACGAGGUUGCAGAUGACGUCCGCUUCGUCCCAUUCACUGAGGACCCAGAGUCCGCCCCCGCCCUCUUGGAAGACGAUAAUGCGGGCUGGAGGACGUUUAGCACGCAGGAGGCGGAAGGCCCGCCUGGUUCACAGUCACCGACUCCCAAACCCGCCUACACAGACCUAGAUGAAGGCGGAAAAAUGGAGGUGGAAGGUUCUGGUUUAAAGGGAAAGGGGAAAGGGAAGGAGAAAGGGAAUGCAUGGAGCCCAUUUUCUGACGAGGCGGAGGCUUUGAAAUGGUUCGCCGACCUUCCUGAACAUCAAGCGGCCACCCUGUUCAGCGGGUAUUUCUCCGACAACAUCGCUACAUCUGGACGACCCCAUCGCGAGAUCUUCCCGAAGAAUAGCGACUUCCCUCUUGCCUCCGAUCUCAAGUCCGCUCGCGGGCCCGCCGCUACUUCUUCAGAGGCGGGUGCUUCCAAGGCAGGCGCACCUGUUAACGAACAGAUGGACGGCAUUUUAAAGGGAUUGCUCGACACCAUGCCCGAGUCCAUCCGGAACGAGAUCGUUUCUGAUGAAUCUCAAUUGAUAUGGAAUCUACCCAACCUGGAGGACGCGGGUAUGUCGGCGGAUCUCAUUGACGCCCAGCUCAACUACAUGUCGUCGUGGCUUGGAACCCUUGUAAACCACUAUAUGCAUAACUGUGAGGUUUACGACAGGUUGGAGAGUCAUUUGAAGUCGGUGAAGGCGUCGAUGGUGUUGCGGGAGCAGAGCAUCGCGUUGACAGAAUCCCUCAAAGGACUGGGCUCUCUUGUUGAAUCGUAG